CAUAUUGAUAUUUAUCAUAAAUAUUGUAAAAUCCAUAUCUUCUGAUCUCUAUCUCUAUUAGUUAACGAGACUUUUUUGUAUUUCGCACGACCGUAUGUUUUUGGCAAUGAAAAAUUUAUUUUGAAGAACAGCUUUUUUCAAAACCUUUAAAUCGUUAACAACGUUAAAGUCAAGACAAUAGUAUAAACAUUAUCUAUAAUGAAUGGAUUAAGAUCAUCAUUCUUAAGAGCUGUUUCAGGAAUCAGCCACAAUAAUGUCUUCAUACAAAGACAAUCACCAAUACUUUCCUCAUCUUUCAAAUCAAUAACCAACUUCAAUCCUAUAAUAUCAAAAUCAUCAUUUUCUACAUCAUCCAUAGCAUUCAAAACCAAUACAUCAACUAGAACUAAAGAAAAUGUGCAUGAUUUAGAAACUUUCUUCAACCUCAUUGGUCGUAAUACUAUUGAACACGUCGGAUUAUUCGAAAGUGAUUUAGCUAAAUUUUUAAAUACAACUUCAAGUCAAAUGAAGAAUAUGGGUAUAGAUGUUUCAACUAGACGUUAUAUGUUAAGAUGGAAACAUAAAUUCGUCAAUGAUUUGGAACCAUUAAGAGAACAUAAAAGAGGUAAGAAGAAGAAUGGUGGUGAAAGAAAUGCUAAGACUGUCAUUGCUAAGAGAAAUGCUUUGAAGAGAUUAGAAGAAAGAGAAAAGAAUGCUGCCAAUGAAGCUGAUGAAGAAAGAAUCUUCUAGGUUUGCCAUGGUACAGACUUGAAAACACCAACCAAAAACAAUAGCAACAGCAUAUAAUGUAUUAAUGAUAUUCUUCGGAAAGGACAUACAUUCGAACUAAAUUUCAUUUUGUAAAUAGUAUCCAAUUUAGUUAGACAAAACCACUCAUCAUAUAUAAUAUCAAUCAACAAUUUCCGUAAAUACCAGUUAAUACAGACUCAAACAAGUUUGUCUGUAGUUUAAUUCAUUGCAAUGACGUAUAAUCUUGUAUGAAAACGAAUCACGUGAUUUUUUCAAAUUCUAGUAAAAGUACCUGAAUAAUUGAAGAUAAGUAAAUAAUUAAGAAUCGAUUAUUAUCUAAGUGUUUGAAAGUUAUCAUUUGUUGUAUUAUUGAAGUCAUUUUCUUAAACUUUGAUAAAUAU